GGAGAACAAAAAAUCGAAAGGGAACCUUGUUUGAUAUUAUGGCCAGACAAAGAAUGAUCACAGUUGAGUCGCCAAAGAAGAAAAUGGGUGGAAUUGUGAAGCUCAAGAAUGUUGUAGAAAAGUUGGUGCAGAUCAAAGGCUUUUCCUCGGCCAAGAAACAUUGCUCCGACGAAUACGGCCGUGACCGUGUCCCAAAAGGUCAUUUUGCGGUUAUUGCCGUUGAUGGAUAUCAUGAGCCUACGCAAAGAUUUGUUGUUCCAUUAAUGUUUCUAGAACACCCGAUGUUUCAAAAGCUUUUAGAACGUGCCGAGGAAGAGUACGGAUUCUAUCACGAUGGAGCCCUCAUGGUACCUUGCCGGCCAAGCCACCUCCAGACGAUAUUGGCCAAACAGUGGAGUUAG